ACCACUGUCCAAGUCAGCUGAGAUAGCAAUAUUAGCAGCUGCUGGUGUUCUCUGUGCGGCGGUGCCAGCAUCGGACAUACUAUGUGGCACUGAGAUGAUGGCUUCGAUCGUUUUGGCUGCACUAGCAUGUGUUGUAACCAAUAAGACCCUACCCCCUGCUCUAGCCUCCCUUCGAAGGGCUGGCAUAUGUGGAAAGGAUCUCAAUAAGAAAGGAAAUCCUGAGAUUCCAGAGGCCGCGGGCGUUUGCGUGGGAGCAGUCUAUUGCCUAGCACUAUCGCUUUUCCUGCCCUUCCAUAUGAUGUGUUCUACCUCACGGGGGAUACCCAUGGACGAGGCGGAGUUGAUGAGCCAGAGGAAAGCUAGCCUCUUCAUGGGCUCUCUCUUAUCCAUCAACGCCAUGUGUUUCCUUGGCUUCGCAGAUAACGUUCUAGAUCUGCCAUGGCGCGUCAAGCUCAUCAUACCCACAGUGGCGACUCUACCACUGUUGCUAGUAUAUUAUUCCUCAAUUGGAAACACCUGGGUUCUGCUGCCGGAUUUUAUGCAUCCGUAUCUACCGGAUGGCCAUGGAGCUAUCGACAUUGGUGUGCUCUACUACGUUUUCCUGUCGUUGUUGUCGGUUUUCUGCACGAAUGCCAUUAACAUACUAGCGGGUAUAAACGGCCUGGAGAUAGGUCAGUCCAUGGUAUUAGCAGUAUCCCUCAUCCUCAAUGACCUCCUGCAGCUGUACAGGCAUGCUCAGCAGGCAGCCACCUGGCCUCCCUACGAGAGCCAUCUGAUGAGCCUUUACUUACUUCUACCAUUUGUCGGAGCCUCCUUCCCUUUGAUGGUUGCUAAUAUGUAUCCAGCAGUAGCGUUUGUGGGGGACACCUACUGCUAUCUCGCAGGCAUGACUCUGGCGGCUAGUGGUAUACUAGGGCAGUGCUCCAAGACGACUCUACUGUUUUUCGGUCCCCAGAUAUUCAAUUUUCUGUACUCUGCGCCACAGCUUUUCAAGCUGAUACCAUGCCCUCGCCACCGCUUGCCGCAGUACGAACCGAAAGCUGACCAGCUUAGCGUUAGUUACACUCCUUGGUUUAAUCCUGUUGAGGAAUUGAGGCCUCUAGGUCAGUUCGCGUUGAUGGUAAUUCAGUCCUUCCACCUGGCUAGGGUUGAAUGCGACGAACAGGGUCGAGUCAGAGUGCAAAACUUGACGUUGAUAAACCUAGUGCUUUGGUUAAAGAGAGAUACUAAUGAGAAAAAACUGAAUAAAAUACUGCUUGGGAUACAGUGCCUAUGGAGCCUCUGCGCGUUCUUCAUUCGCUAUCGUCUGGCAGGUUUCGUGUACAAUGUUGUCGAUUGAGUUCACUUGCGUAUAU